CCUGCCCCUCCCUGCCCGGGCCCGGGGACCGAGCGGGGCGGGAGCCGCAGGAGGCGGCGCGCGGGCCUCGAACCCACGGGCUCCCGCCGCCAGGUCCACGUGGACCCUGGGCCGCAGUGGAACUGCAGCCCGGCCCCCGCGCGUGGGGGAGGGGGCGCUACGGCUGGGUUCCCCUUUUUCUGGAGCUCAAAGCCUGGGGAAGUGAUUGCUCAAAGGUGGGGGCCGGAAGAACCCAGGUUUCCGCGUCUUCCUCCCCCCAUCUGCCUGCUGAGGAGGGGCCGGGGCGGGACACCCUGUCCGCCCCAGCCCCCACCUCGCCGGAUCUGGCCGCCACUCAGCCCCGCGAGCUGCAGGGAAGGUGCUGCGCCCCCGGCCCCAGCCCAUCGGGGGCUCCUGGCGCUAGCCUCCCUCCAGAGCGCGGCAGGAGUCCCUCCUGCCGUCUGACUCGAGUCCCUGCUGCUGCAGUGCACGCCCCUUCGGCAGCCAGGGUGGGGCCCACACCCAACCUGGCCCCUCCUGCCCCCACCCCGCCUUUGGGUCGCUGGCUCUGGGACGUUCUUUUUCCUUCUGUGGAGCAAAGCAGCAGCCACUCCCAAGGGAGCCUCUAUCCCCAGAGACCAGACGUGCCUCCUGUCCCGCCUCUCCCAUCCCAGACUUGGGGGCCAAAGCCUGGGGGACUGGGGAAGGGGGAUCCCCAGUACCAGGAUGAUGAGCAGGGGAACCCUAGUUGAGACUCUGUAUCCCCCAGGAGAGAAGGGGAGUAGCCUGGGGACAUAGGUGGUCCCAGUUGACCAGAGAAGGGUACAGGAAGCCAGGUCCAGGGAUGGUGACCAGGUCCAGGGCCUGCAACUGGGAAGGAAGGGGUUGGCUCCCUCCUCUGCAGCAAACGAAGCCCCUGGCACCCUGGCCCUGCACCCCUAGACACAUCCUCUCCUCUAGUUCAGAGCCGGGGUGGAGUUGUUAGCCCAGGAGGGACAGUAUCCAGGGUGGGGGAGGACUCUGGGUGGGGACAGAGAGGAGGAAGAACUGCCGCCUGGGGAAGUCACAGCCCCGUCUGGUACAGCUACCAAACCUCAGGGUGCCACACCCCUUCCUUUCCCUAGAAACUUGACCCCUAAAAGGAAGCCCAGCUGCAGGGCUGCUUUUUGUCCCCUCAUGUACUUGCUAGGAGCCGGUGGGACCAACAGUCUCAGAGGAAGGUGGGCAGGUGGUAAGGGGCUGAGGUCCCCUGCACCUGCUCCAGACUUGGGCCAGGGCAGUAGCCUCUGCAUGCCCAGGCCCCGGGGCAGUGGGUGUCCUAAGAGUGCAGAACUCCAGCAUUGUCUCCUCUGAGCUCCAUUUGCACCCUGUCCCAAGAGAGGCCAAGAGAGGCCAACCAGACAGAAACAAGCACUCAACGGCCACAAGCUAGGGGGGGCACAUCAGAGAGGGCGAAGAGUGAGACACUGAAGUUGAACCAAGUUGGAGCCUCCUGGCCAGGGAGGAGGCCGGCGGAUGAGGAGGCCGGCGGUGUGCAUGGAGGCCCAGAGGGCCCUACCCUGCGCAGAGGUGGGCGCGGCUGUUCACAACCACCUCCAGGGCAGAUCGGCACCCUGUGCCAUCACCCAAGGAGACUUGGGAUUCGAAGUGGUAUCUUGGGUAGCAAGAGGGCAACCCACGGCCUUGGCGUUCCUGGUGCACCUCCCUUGCAGACAGCGCAGCCAAACACCAGGAAGGACACACGCCAUGCCACACCGCGCCUGUCAGCAACUCCGGGCUUUGACUGGGGAGCAGGGUUCCCCCGCCCACUGCCACCCCCACUUCCCUGGCUGGCGUGCCCUGCGGUAGGGCCUUGGUCCACAGCAGUUUCACAGCCUAGAGGUAGUGGGCAGGAAGGGCGGGAAGUCUUGGGUGGGAGACAGCAGGACCAAAGAACCAUGUUUGGGGGGCACGUCCCUCAGCACCAGGGCCCUGCAACCCUUCCCAUACCCUCAGGAGGUCCGGCCGUGAGUGCCACUUAAAUCCUCAAUGCCACAGGGCUAGCCUGCCGCCCUGGCUGAGACCUCCAGGGCCUAUAGACAGACCUGGACUCUUGGGGGAGAGCUGCUCUGCCUCCUCCCCACCUGACACCCUAGAAACGAGUCUGGCCACCACCCUCAUGCAUCAGUUGGUAGCCCCAGAUUCUCGGGGCCCCUUUGGGAGGGGCUGGGAGCCGGAAACCAAGAAAGAGGAACCCAGGCUUCCGGCUUCCCAGGGACUGAGCGGAUGGGGUGUCCCGGAACCUCCUGUGGGGGCCCAGCCUGGGAGGAGGGGCCACAAGCUGCUGCAGUCCCCUCCUCCAUGACCCUGGGCCCCCUCCCAGCCCUGCUGUAAGCUUAGAGUAGGUGUAGAAGCCCUCGGGAGAGCCGGGUCCAGAGGCAGGAGCAGGCCCAGCUAGGGAGACACCCUCAGGACCCCUCCUAAGGGACAGGUGGGGGCUGAGGUUUCUGGUUCUCAGUCGGAACCUUGGCACCUCUCCCCAGAUCCCCAGGCUGUGGUGAGGGUCUGAGAGCUGGCACCACGGAGCCUGGGCAACCUCCUCUGCCCACCCAUGCCCACCCCGCAUGAGGCUGAGAAGCAGAGCACAGGGCCAGAGGAGGCGGACCGGCCCCCUUCAAUGUCCAGCCAUGAUGCAGCCCCUCCAGCGGCCCCCAGCCGCAACCCUUGCUGCCUGUGCUGGUGCUGCUGCUGUAGCUGCUCCUGGAACGAAGAGCGGCGGCGUGCAUGGCAGGCCUCCCGGGAGAGCAAGCUGCAGCCCCUCCCCAGCUGUGAAGUGUGUGCCACACCAAGUCCUGAGGAGGUGCAGAGCUGGGCGCAGUCCUUUGACAAGCUGAUGCACAGCCCAGCGGGACGCAGUGUGUUCCGGGCUUUCCUGCGGACGGAGUACAGCGAGGAGAACAUGCUCUUCUGGCUGGCCUGCGAGGAGCUGAAGGCCGAGGCCAACCAGCAUAUGGUGGACGAGAAGGCGCGGCUCAUCUACGAGGACUACGUGUCCAUCCUGUCCCCCAGGGAGGUCAGCCUGGACUCCCGCGUGCGGGAGGGCAUCAACAAGAAGAUGCAGGAGCCGUCGGCGCACACGUUCGACGACGCGCAGCUGCAGAUAUACACGCUCAUGCACCGGGACUCCUACCCACGCUUCCUCAGCUCUCCCGCCUACCGGGCCCUGCUGCUGCAGGGACCCUCGAGGUCCUCCUCCGAGGCCUAGGCUGCCCGGCAGCACAGACCCCGCCGCCUCCCCUGGCAGAUGCCGGGUUGCUGUCAGGGCGCCCGCCUGCAGGCCCCAGCCCUGGAGGCCGUCCUAGACCCAGUGGGGAGGGCUGUGUCUUCUGGCUCUGCCCACCGUCCCGAGCAGGAACUCCAGGGGCAGGGCGGGUCAGAAGCCCCCUCAUCGCCCACAGCUGGCUGGCAUGGUGCUCCUGGCUGGGGGCUCUUGUGUGGUGAGAGCAGGGUCCCCCCAGGAGGCAUGCUGGACCCAUGAGCCUCGUUGGGGCCCCCUCCCAGGCAGCUGAUGGGCCCCAGACCAGCCUUUGGUGGAUAUAGAACCUCCGCGUUGUGUAGUUUGGUGACAUAAGGAGACCUCCUACUUGAGCUGUCUGUACCCCAGAACCAAACCCAGAACCUCAGAACCAGAUGUAGAACCUCAGAAUCCUGCACUCAAGGUGCCAGGACCCAAUUUCUGUUUUAUACGUUCAUGAACUUUAAACCUGGAAACAUGUCCUUGAUACGUGUUUUAUCAAAAAAAAAAGGUUUCAUAUUUAUCUCUAUUCCUAAUCCCCUCAAAAUAGGAUGUCUUAUUAUUGAAAAUAUUUUUUAAAGCAAAA